AUGAAAUCAUUCCUCGGUCUGGGUGGAAAGAGCCGCGAUGAGACUCCCACGCAAAGGGUUGAUCCGAGGUUGGAAGAAGCUCAACGUCAACGGGAUGAGGAAGAAAAAAGGAGGAUCCGUGAGCACUACGAGAGGCUGCGAGAGAAAGAGGCCGAAGCCAAUCGUGCACCGCAUUCAACGACCCCUGGUGGUGUAAGACGCGAAGCUCAGCGCAUCUACGGCUCUCCGAAUUAUGGCCACACUCCUCAGUUCUCACCAUCACCUACCGAUCCACCUCUGAUCGUUGCGAAUUCACGAUUCUAUUGUAGCCUAAAGGCUAGGGAGGAAUGUCAGCCAGUGUACCCGAAUACGAAUCCUACGAUCUCAUCGACCGAUACCAAAUGCAUCGUUACCCGACGGCAGAAGUCGGCCCCGCCGGUGGCGUCAGUCCAGCCGGAAUCGCACCGUUCCAUCACCGAGUCCUCUAUGCCCAUCCACAACCGCCGCCCUAUCACUACGCUAUUCCCAGCUCAAAAUCUUACCACGGUAGCCCGGUCGCCGUUGCUGCCUCCCACUACCAGUCAUACGCCGAAUAUGCACCAGAAUGUCCUCCGCAUCCACAACAAAGGCCCGCCACCGGCACCACCCCUGACUACUACCGCAUGUUCAACUCAUGGUUCGCAUACAGCGGAGAAGGAGGUGGCAACACGUCCCUCAAGGCCGCGUACACCAGCCCCCUCCGUCCCACCAUCGACGUCAGCGGUCGAUCGCCGUCCAACCUCGUUGGUAUCACAGGCCAACGCAAUGUGCACUACGCCAAAUUGCGGCAUGGUGCCGCAGAACCUUCACAACUCUCCUCUCAUUACACGAAAUACUAGAGAAGAGCUCAAUGCCCAGGCGGGUCCGCGUGUUUCUUUGAGGGCGAGGAAGAAGAUGCGACGUGCUGGUGUACGAUCUGCAGUAAUUAGCCCUCAAACCGAUGUCACCUCAUUUAUGUUGCCUCCUUCGAAAACUAUUACUGAAGAGAAGCCGUCUGAAACUGAUCGCAUCCGUCCAUGUUCCUCACCGACGCCCUUCACAUUCCGUACGCCUGGCGCCGACAUGGCGCAUCCGCAUCCAUAUAAUCGUAAGCAAUGUGAAUCACAGGCAAUACGCACCAACAGUCGCGUUGUCACAGCGAUUGAUGAUCCAGUAGCUGAGGAAGAAUCUGACUCGCCUGGUCCAGCAGCGGCGGCUUUCAACUACUGCCAGGUAUGGAACGAGUGGAAUAGCCGUAGCGGUGGUAGUUUACCUUCGCGACGUUCCAGACAACGUCCAGUGUUACUAGAUCGCCAAGUGAUUGACGGCACUACCGAUUGU